UAGGAAAUUCAUGUCAGGGGCCUUUCCUUAAUAUGUUCUAACAGAUUAUAUACUAUUCCAUACUGUAUUCCCCACUGCCUAUUGUAAACAUACACUUAAAGUAGAUAUAGUUCUAGCAAACAGAUCUGGCAUGUAAAGAUGGAAUUUUAUGCAAUAUAAACCAUGUGGUACAUGGUACAACACUGUGCCAAAUGUGGUAUGAUCACGUAGCUGUUAUGCACUGGGUCUCGGCCUUCUCCAGGCUGCUGCUGUUCUUGGGGCACGUGCAGUCUCACUCUUAGGUAAUACGCAAACAUCAGCAGUGAGCAAAACAGGCAAAUUCAUUCCCAUGGAAUAGUUGCUGACUCGCUGAUUAUAGGAGAGGAAUGACUGGCUCAUUUUUUCCUGAGCUUCGGUGUCAUUUUGCUCUACCAGAGGGAUCUAGCGUGCGUGCGUGCGUGCGUGUGUGUGUGUGGAGUGAAGAUGUUUUCCUGGAAGUGGAACAUAGCAGUGUGUCAGUGAAAGAUCACAGGAAAGCAAAGGAACAUAGGACAGGAAAUAAUUGUUCAAUAUGGUGUCAAAGCUAAAUGGAAAGCAGUGCAUAUCCACAGUUUCUCUUCAAGAGCUCUGGGAACUGACUUCAAAAAUGUUUGUUUACCGUCCUAAAGAGCUACAUCUAAUGGUCCUUUCCCUCCGCCCUGUUCCCUCAGUUGGACCUGUUGUGCUUUAGUGCUAUCUAACUCAGAGUUCAACAUCUUGGAUCUGAAAUAUUGUAAAACUCCUAUAGUGUACCGGUAAAAAUAUCUUUACAUUUCUUGUUCACAUACACUCUAACAAUGAUGUUUUGCACAGUUGACUGUUUUGUAGAGCGCAAUCUAUCAACGGGGCCUGUUGUCAUUAGUGUGUGUUAUCAGUGAAGAAUCCAGCCUGGGAUGGGCUCCCUGCUGACCUCAUCAGCAACGCAGUCGCUCCUCCCGUUUCCUCUUCCCCCGGUACUGUGACCUUGUCGUGCCACUUCAUAGGGGACAUUUAUGAAAUAAUCCCCCCUCCUUCCUGCACCCUGGGGGACAGAAGCCUCGCUAUAAGCCUUCUCUUGACAUUUGGAGCUACGUUUCAUCGUGAAGCACUUGGAGCAAAAAGGCUCCAACAUGGCAAGAAUCACAAUGCUCUUUCUUCUCCUGAUUCAUUUAAUCACACCUGCUUUGCUUAUAGAAACUGACCAGAUCACAGUUUACCCCGGAAAUGGCACCAUCUAUGGUGUAUUUCACGUGGCACUCCGAGGGGCCUAUGCGUUCAACGCCUCGGUAGCGAGAAGCGUGUGCCAGCAGCUGAGCGUGACCAUAGCAGACAAGGCACAGGUGGCGGGUGCUUUGCAGCACGGCUUUGAAACUUGCAGGUUCGGAUGGAUAAACGAACAGGUUGCGGUUAUUCCCCGAAUCGAGCAGAAAGUAAACUGCGGUCAGGGGAAAGUUGGAGUCAUCACAUGGCGUGCGCCUCUUACCACCGAGUUUGAUGUCUUCUGUUUCAAUUUAACAGAUUUUGAAGUGCAAGCUGAGAUGACCGCUACGCACGUGCAGCAGAACACGACGUACGCGUCCCGGUCUAGCGGAGUUCUUCCAGAAACUGCUCCUCCUGCCUCCGAGUCUCCUCUCUGGAGCGCCACACCCUGUCCCUCCUGCUCCCCGUCCUCCCCGCAGGACUUGGAGGACGAGGCUAGCGGCCCAAGCCUCACCCUUGGAGUCGUCCCCGCUGCAUUUCUCAUCAUAGCCGUCUUCGCAGUCCUGCUUGCUGCCGUGGCAGCUUUUUGGCGUUUCAAAACUAGCCCUUUAAGCAGUGGGGAGCAGAAAGAGUGCAUAGAGGCCCAGGUGCACGACAGCUGCAGCAGGAAAAACGCAGAGGAGCCUCAGUCCAAGGUGCAAAACCACAGCGUGGAGAAUGUGACCGAAGUCAGGGUAACCUCCGGGAGCAAGGGCGGGAAAGCCUCUUAAUGACAGCUCUUAUCAGUCAGCGACCAGUCAUCGCAGUGGGCGCAGCAGCAGCUGCUUUAAAAGCUAUAUUUAUUUUUCUCUACUUUUGUAUGGAUUGGAUUUGACUAUAAAAAACAUUAGCAUUAACCUUAACAUAAAUGGUGUGGAUUUCUUUUAUGUUUUGUUUAGCUUCAAGCAGAGGCAUGUGCUCUGAUGAACAAAUAGCACUACAUAAGAGUACAACCUAAAGUGCAAAGAGGGUGCAGUGCUCUCGCAUGCACACAUGCACGCGCGCACACACACACAAAGGCCACCAGAACAACAAACUACUUUCUCUCAGCCAAACAUGGUGGUCUUACAUGCAGCGGGGAUCCAUACAACUGCCACAGCAAAGAUGAUUGUGUAAGAUCACUGUAGACCUUUGGCAUAUAUUAUUAUUAGUUACAUUUAUAUAGUGCCUUUCUUGAAGUCAAGGAUACAUAUGCAUAUAUAUUUAUUUAAUGCAAAUGGUCUCGUUUCACCAAAUCUUUGGUUUAUAAAGGACUUCUCUUUUUUAAUCAAUCAUUCUUGAAUGAUUUAUUAUUCGCUACAACAAUAUAAAGAAACGCCAGUGCUUUUUUGACUUAUUAUUCAUGUACAGUUUGAUGGAAGAGUAUAUCCAUUGUAUAACUUUAUAUACAGUAUGUGCAACAUUUUUUACCAGUCGCUAAAUUACAUCAGACGCAGGUGACAAGCUUAUAGGGUGUUGAAUAAAUACAUCUCCUAUACAUCAUGGAGUAUUUCUAUCAACGCAGCAUGAGGCAUAUUGUUGUAGUCUUUCAAGUUCCCUCAGCUCAUAGGAUCCUAGGCUUUUAAUCAACUAAGGUUUUGGAGUAAUUUCUCCUGUGCUCAUAUUUUUAACGUACGGUGGCCUUCCUAGAUCAUUGCAGGACAAUGAAAGAUUAGAAACAUGCCUGAUCCCAGGUGGAACAGCAGCUAUUCCACCUCUGGGUCAGCAAGUAUCAUUCAAACAGCUGCUAAGCUUUAUGGUUUUAUGAAGAAUACAUAUAAUCAAAAGGCCACAACAGUACAACAGUAUUGUCCAG